AUAAGAAAUGGGCCAAGGGUUGGCUACUUUAUUUUUCUGCUACUGCUUGUGUCAUCUGCGUGCGCGGACCCAUGUUCCAGCGUUAGCUCCAGGCUCGAGCUGACAGCGUUGCUUUGGCGCUGUCGAACGAAGAGCGCGCCUAGGACGAGCUUUUGGAAGCACGGGGACGCGCCAAGCAGUGCAGAUGUGUCGCAGAUUUGAGAAGUCACUGUACAUACGGAAAUAUCUGGUACAAGGAAGUGGAAGGGAGAAAUUCAGCUCCAACUUAAACGAAAACUAUGCUCAGUUUGUAGAGGGAGGGUUGGGGGAGGAGAAAACAGCAGUUUUUGAAACGCGACGCGUAGAUACUUGUCAUAGCCUGUAUACAGUUACUUUAUAGCGGAGAGCUAAACUAACAGCACUUAUUCUCGUUUGUACUGGAUUAAUCUAUUUCAAAGAGCAGGCAGAACGUUCUGUUCUGGACCAAUGGAGCUGUCAGCGAUUGGUGAACAAGUGUUUGCUGUGGAAUCAAUAAUCAAGAAAAGAGUUAGAAAGGGAAACGUGGAAUAUCUGUUGAAGUGGAAGGGAUGGCCCCCCAAAUACAGUACAUGGGAACCAGAGGAGCACAUCUUGGACCAGCGUCUGGUGCAGGCCUAUGAUGAGAAAGAGCAGAAGGACAGAGCCCUGGGGUACCGGAAGAGAGGACCCAAAGCUAAACGGCUUCUACUACAGAAUACUAUUUACAACAUGGAUCUCCGGAGCGCCCAUAAGGCCCUAGAGAAACCUCAAGCUCGCCUACGUCUUUCCCUGACUCGCUCACUGGAGUCUGAGGCAGAGGACCCAACUUAUGGGGCCUGUAGACGGAGCCUGCACCCCCGCCUGGCCCAUCGCAAAAACAAACCCAGAAGAUCACAGUUCAUGUGCCUGGCCUCUUCCCCUGGCCCCCCUAACCCCACAAAGGACCCCACACAUGAUUGGGGAAGGAGGGAAGAGGAAGAUGACAUGGAGGAAGAGGAGGAAACUCGACAGGAGCAGUCGGAGCGAGAGACAGAGAUAUGCAGCGGCAUUCUGAAUGGGCAGGAUAGGGCAGAGGACUGGAGUUCUGUGAUUGGCUCAGACGAAGUGACCUCGUCAGAGCGGUCUGCUGUUUGGAGCCCAGUGAUUGGCCCAGGGGAGGUGACCGUGACUGACGUCACCAUAAACUCUCUCACAGUGACUUUCAAAGAAGCCCUGGCAGCCAAAGGCUUCUUCAGAGGCUGGGGCUUAGAGUUCUAAAACACAGCAGCACACACAGACGAAACCUGGUCUGGGAACAGAAUGAGAGAGAUGGAAAGUGUGGCUCGAGUUAUCUUUAAACUCUGUUUGGACUGUGUGACCGCUUAUUCUCCUCAUCCCUUUACCCUUCUUCCCUUUCUGGCUGUGUCAUUGACCUCGGUCUACACUAACUUCCUAUUUCAUUCAAUAGGCAUAGUAUAUACUGUACACUACAGUAUAUACUGACUACAUUGAGAUGGGCAUACACUCCUACGUUGAGCUAUACACAGUAUACUGUAUACCAUAUCCUUCUAUACAACAGUUAUUUUUCUGGACUGUUAUUAGAUAAACAUGUGGCUUAGUAGAGUCUUGUGGUGAUUUAGAAAUCCUCUGCAAGAUGACUUUAUCUGCCCGCAUGCCUUUCUCCUGUCCUCUCUGGGUACAUACUGAUACUCAAAACAUUUUGGUGACCCACUAAAGCCCCGCACAACACAUCCAGUGUAAACUAACCUUAAAAGUGGAACCAAAAACCUAUAUAAAAAAACAGACUUAGGAACAGUCUGUUCUUUUCUGAAUUGCA